GCGCAAUUGUGUAUCAUCCGAUUGUUUUUGGAUUGAUCCAACUAUACAGCCACCAUAACUACAAGUUAAUAGAAUCAGUUAUAACCAAUCUUUAACCGCCACAUAGCAGGCGGAGGAGAUACCAAACCCAAUAUAAAUACGGAAAUGGAGACCCAACCAACAUUUUCAGGUUCGGAAAAUAAAAACAGCGCUUUCGUUCUAGGUUUUGGACUCUGGAAACCUCAAUUCCUUCCAACUUUACUUCUCUAAUUAUAUUUCUUACCUCUCUUGCUUUCUGCUUAAGCGCUUUGAGGAUUUGGGCAUGCGAGUGCCGGACGCUGAUCUUUUUAAUCCACAAUCGGUUAUGGACUCCGACUUCUCACCCGGCGGAGCUUCCGCCUCUGCUUCCGUCGACCCGGACUUUGGUUUUGCUUUUGACGACAGUAAUUUCUCCGAUCGGACCCUGAGGAUCGAGAUCAUGCCUGAUUUGCCCGAGACUAAAUCCGACGGUGGCGGUUGCUGCUCUAUCGCUGAUUGGGCCCGUAAUAGGAAGAGACGGAGGGAAGAUUUCAAGAAAGAGAACGAUUUUAUCGGGCAAAGUGAGGAGCAAAUCUUGAAUUGUAACUUGCCAUACACGGUGGAUGGUGUAACCUAUGAGAACCAAGAUGAAGAGGCCAUGGCAAUGGUUGAAGAGUCUCCUUCUGAUAUUGGAUUGAAUUCCAAUCAAAUUGGGAAUGAUUCCAUUUACAACAAUGAUUCAUCUAAGAAUAUGGAUUGUUCAAAAGUUCUAAGAGUCAAGACCAUACACAUUAGUUCUCCAAUUUUAGCAGCAAAAAGUCCUUUCUUUUAUAAGUUGUUUUCAAAUGGAAUGAAGGAGUCAGAGCAGCGACAUGUAACACUCAGGAUACAUGCCUCUGAAGAAACAGCUCUCCUAGACCUUCUUAGUUUUAUGUAUAGCAACACCUUAUCAACGACCACACCUACUGCCUUGUUAGAUGUGUUGAUGGCUGCUGACAAAUUCGAGGUUGCAUCUUGCAUGAGAUAUUGUAGCCGAUUGUUACGGAACCUGCCUAUGACCUGUGAAUCUGCUUUACUAUAUUUGGACCUUCCGUCUAGUGUUUUAAUGGCUGAUGCUGUUCAGCCACUGACAGAUGCUGCAAAGCAGUUUCUUGCUGUGAGAUACAAGGAUAUAACCAAGUUCCAGGAGGAGGUACUCAACUUGCCUCUUACUGGUAUAGAGGCAGUAUUUUCUAGUGACGAUCUCCAGGUAGCUUCAGAGGAUGCUGUUUAUGACUUUGUGCUGAAAUGGGCUCGAACACAUUACCCAAAACUGGAGGAGCGACGUGGAAUUUUUGCAACACGACUUAGUCGCGUAAUACGUUUUCCAUAUAUGACUUGCAGAAAGCUGAAAAAGGUUUUAACCUGCAUCGACUUUGAUCCAGAACUCGCAUCCAAGGUUGUGCUUGAAGCUCUCUUUUUCAAGUCUGAGAUGCCACACAGACAACGGGCACUUGCAGCAGAGGAAGCGAAUGCCACCUAUCGUCGCUUUGUGGAGCGGGCAUACAAGUACCGUCCAGUCAAGGUUGUAGAGUUUGAACUGCCUAGGCAGCAGUGUGUUGUGUACCUGGACCUGAAACGUGAGGAGUGUACACAUCUGUUUCCAGCAGGAAGGGUUUAUUCCCAGGCAUUUCAUCUUGGAGGACAAGGUUUUUUCUUGUCUGCUCACUGCAACAUGGAUCAGCAAAGCUCAUUCCAUUGUUUUGGGCUGUUUUUGGGAAUGCAAGAGAGGGGAUCUGUCACAUUUGCUGUUGACUAUGAGUUUGCGGCAAGGUCAAAGCCAACCGAGGAUUAUGUAAGCAAGUAUAAAGGGAAUUACACUUUCACUGGAGGAAAGGCUGUCGGCUAUCGUAACCUGUUUGGUAUACCCUGGACGGCAUUCAUGUCAGAUGAUAGCAUUUACUUUAUAAACGGCAUCCUCCAUCUCAGGGCUGAACUCACUAUUAGACAAUGAAUUUGUGAGAAGCUAGUAUUUUAGACGUUUUGCUUUAUCACCCUCUGCAAAUUCCUUCUGAAUCCUUGUAAAAUUUUGAAUAAUUAUAUCUUAUGCAUAAAAAUAUUAUGUAUGUAUAUAAAAUCUAUUUGGCAAUCAAAUGUAGAACUUGCUAGCCUUCACUGGUA